AUGCAAAGCACAAGAGAGUCAAGUCGGCAAAAGCGCAACAUCAAAAGACGAAACUCUAGAAAGAAAUCCUUAUCGCCAUCCGAUUUAAAAUGCGUCGACGCAAAGACAGAGAACAAGUUAGGCAGGCGAACUCUCUCAGAAGGCUCCAUGAAAGUAAAGCACAGAAAGAGCAAUGUACAGCGAACGUUGACCCAUCCGAUAUCGUCGGAUUUCGUUGUCCCCGUGGACAAUGUGUUUUGUGCCAUCAAAGAACCAGUGCCACCUGAAAGCGACGAAUCCCACGUACCUCCCACCAGCAGCGACAGAGAUACGGAGGACGAUGCGCGUGCGCCGAAACCGCCUGUUGCGAGGCCCCGAUGGGACUCUGGUAGUGAAAUGGAUUCACUAGUGUCCAUCGCCGUGAGAAAGGCUUCGGCACGACGACGCCGAACGUCUGCUAAUCCAGAUUGGGGCGUCAACAGUGAGCCGGGCGAAGUGAGCGAACCGGAGGCCGGUCGCAUGCGUCCCGAGGACUACCGCCUCGUGUUCCUCAGCUCGGAUUCGUCGUGCCGCGAGGACACGGAAGACUCAGCCUCGACAGCCUCCUCCGCCGCGCCCCCCGCACCUGACGACUGCGACUGGGAUUACUUUGAACCGGGCGCGGCGGCGGCACCACCCCCACCGCCACAACCACCAAAACACACCCCACAAGACUGCCAGAAAGCUUGUUCCUGCGGCGCAGAACCGCGCUUUGUCGCCGUCCCUGUACCAGUACCCGUACCAGUCCCGGCAGCUCUCUGGCCUGCACUACUCGCUUUCGCCCCACAAACACCGCCCACGCCACAUUGGAAUACGUACCCUGGUUUUCCGCCGCUAGAUGCCGCAGCCAUUGCUCGAAUCACUACGGCUGCCGCCGUUGCAGUCACCGCGGCCGCUACCGCUAACUCUUUACCACGAAAUCGACUCGAGAUGACCGUCGAAAGGACCGAUAAAGCCAUACAGUCGGAAUUGCAAACGCUUGAGCCCCGCGAUAACGAUAAGAGCGAUAACAGUAUCGAACACUCAGUUCAACAUGAAACGUCCGACGACAUAAAAGUGAUAGCGGAGGACGUAGACACUGAAACGAUGCCCGAUCAUCUAGACGCUGAGAAAGCUUUCCCGUCGUCUAACGAGUCGGCCGAAUCGAGUGAUUCGGAGAAGGGAGUCGCGAGAAGGAGCUAUGACUUGAGAAGUGCAGCCCCAGAAGAGCCCCCCACGUCAGACGAGGAUUCCGAUGACUCUGGCGGUGGGGGCGGACAAUUCUCACGCGUGUUUGUCGUUAACCCCGCGUCUUCUUCUUCAGAGAACGAGGAUAAUGCGGACAGCAGUGGCAUCGACUGUGACGACUCUGAUGACAAAAAAUCUGACAGCUUAGAAAUCGUGGCCAGGGAGGUAGCGUUACAGAAUGACAUUCACGACUAUCAGGAAGACGCUUGUUCGAAUAACAACGUAGUUGUCUUACAAUCUGUUAACUUUACGGAAGAAUAUUCGCUGUUUCCCUUCCAAAAUCAAAGAAAUAGUGAAAGUGAAAAUAUAGCCAAUUUUCGCGAUAAGAGUAUGUUGAUGAGUGAAACAAAUGAGGAAUAUAAUAGUUUUAACGAUGCAUACUGUAGUGAUAGGGAUUUAAGCAACUACGACUCCUUAAAUCAAAAUGUGCAAAGUGCAAGUUCGUCUGACGUUAUUGAGUGCGACUCUUUGGAUAAUUCGUGUAAUUUUGACUGUAACAUCAAAGUUUCCGUCGAUUUACCCACGGAUACGUGUAACACGGAACGAAUUUCAAAUCCGGCGCCAAACGUUUUAAUCACGAAACCGGCUCCCUCGCCCGAACCUAAAUAUGAAGACUCGAAUAAUUCAUCGUCACCGCCUAUACAAAAAAUAGAUUUGUUUAAAGGCAUUGAACGAACGCUUAGUGAGCUAUUGAAGAAAGAAUUAAUGGAGGAUCGGGGUGAGGAGAAAAUGCACAUUUCGCGGCCGGUUUGCGUCGAGACGGAGGGGGCGCGCGCGCACCUGUAG